AUGAGUGAGCGUUCGAUUCGUCUUGUGGUGGCGGCACUGGAGAAAAAUGGCGGCAUUGGCUUACGUCAGCAGAUCCCAUGGCAUCUUCCCACUGAUAUGAAGCAUUUUCGUGCGCUAACGACGUCGCCUUCUGAUUCGUCAACGCAGCACGCGGUGAUCAUGGGGCGGAAGACGUGGGAGUCACUACCGGCCAAAGUGCAGCCUAUGCCCAAGCGCUACAACGUGGUACUGACACGUGACGCCAGCUAUCGACAGCGAAUGAACGUUUCCGAGACUGUAGGUAUUGCCGCGAGUUUUAGUGAGGCGCUGGACCUCGUGCAACAGCAAGGAAAGAAGGUGGACCAGGUGUUUGUCAUUGGAGGAGGUGCCGUGUACGCAGAGGCACUGGCGUAUUCUGGUUGCAACAAAGUGCAUUUGACGAAGGUCAAGGGUCAGUUUGAGUGCGACGCUUUCUUCCCGUUGGAGCAAUUGAUGCAGAACUUUAAGGUGACCAAAGCGUCGGAGGUGAAAGAGGAAAAUGGCGUCCAGUUUCAAUUUGUGGAGUGGGAGAGGAAGACUGGAGACGUGAAGGGUGCCGAGAUAACGAAAUUGAUGGAUAGUACGACGCCACAUGAGGAGAUGCAGUAUUUGGAUCUGAUCCGGAAGAUUUUGAAGCAAGGAACAAAGCGCGGAGACCGAACAGGCACCGGGACGUUGUCUGUGUUUGGAGCGCAGAUGAGAUUUAGUCUGAGGGAUAAUGUCUUCCCGUUGCUGACGACGAAGAAAGUGUUUUGGCGAGGUGUGGCCGAAGAGUUGCUGUGGUUCAUUAGUGGUGACACAAAUGCUCACACGCUUCAGCAGAAGAAUAUUUCCAUCUGGGACGGCAAUGGAUCGCGCGAGUACUUGGACAGUAGAGGACUGCAAUCACGUGAGGUGGGAGAUCUUGGACCGGUAUACGGUUUUCAAUGGCGUCAUUUUGGUGCCAAGUACACGGACAUGCAUGCCGACUACAGAGGCCAAGGCGUGGACCAGCUUGCCGAUGUUAUCCAUAAGCUCCGUACGAACCCCAGUGACCGCCGAAUUGUGCUGUCAGCUUGGAAUCCGGCUGAUCUAAAUGAAAUGGCGUUACCUCCGUGCCACAUGUUUUGUCAGUUUUACGUGGCGGAUGGCGAACUGUCGUGCCAGAUGUACCAGCGCUCGGCCGACAUGGGACUAGGUGUGCCAUUUAAUAUUGCCAGCUAUGCGUUGCUAACGCGUUUGGUCGCGCAAGUGGUAGGACUGAAACCUGGCGAGUUCAUCCAUGUCAUUGGUGACGCGCAUAUCUAUUUGAAUCACGUAGAGCCACUUCGACAACAGUUGACGCGUACACCGCGUCCGUUCCCGACCCUUCAUGUGAACCCUGAGAAGACUGCAAGCAUUGACGACUUUACAUUUUUGGAUCUAGAGGUGCGCGACUAUCGCCCGCAUGGAGCAAUCAAGAUGGCGAUGUCAGUGUAG